AAUUAUAUAGAUUAAGAUUCUUCUAGGUUGGGAAGAGACAAAUGGAGAGGCAGAAUUUGUUUAGGUAUAGAAAACUACGAGUUGCAUAAUUGGCUGAGUAGGAAAGCACAGCAGACAAGAACAGUCGAAGUAAACCAUCAUGACACUGUCAGGUAAUUUCAUUAUAAAAAAGGAAACACAUUUUUACAGAUGAAAUGAAUUGUCAAAAGUCACAACUUAUUUCUCCCAACAUUUUUAGGUUCAAUAAUGAUGAACACAUUCACAGUUAUCCCCCUGAUGACUGUUAAAGGUGAUAAGACAGCCUUAGAGUCAUAAAAUCUUAAAGCCACCAAUUGCUAAAGUUGGAAGAAUAUAUAUAUAUUUUUAGAACCAAUUGCUACAGUUGAAGGUGUGGAGUAGAAAAUGUACUGUCUGCUGCAGGUGUUAUUACAGAUAAUAAGACACAAUUCAGCAGAUCCUCUUGCUGUGUAAUGGUGUAACUAAUGAUUUGUGAACUGUUUCAGGCAUUUGUAGGAAAUCUGCUGUGUUUGAUUUCAGUGCCAGCAGCAGUUGAAUUACAUCUCCCUCCACUGUAUUGCUGUUGUUCCAAAGGCACAGUUUCCAAAUCCACCUCCUUCUUCUGAGGUAAAACUUUUUGAUAACAUAGCAAAAGUCAGCAGUAAUGUAGAGUAAAAUGACAGUCAUUGCUUCACAGACCAAUUCAGCCAAUUUAGAAAUUGGCUGAAAUUGAACACCCUCAUGGUGUUCAGUCAGUCACUCAUAUACCCCAGGCUUGGAUCAGAAAUGCUGCACAAAAACAUCCCCACUGCCACUCUCCCACUCCCCAGAAGCAGCAAAUCCACUUGUUUUGGUUAUUCUUUCUCGAGACUCUCUCUUUACUUUUUUUGUGGGACUCUAGGGAUGGAUGAAAUGCUCUUUGUUUUCCUCACUUUAUUUUUUAGGCAAGGUGUCACUGUGUUGUUUCAAUUCAUUCUCCCAGCCUUGCACCAGCUGCUGGGAGGCUCUUGGGUUUUGCCCUUCAUAGCCUGCAGAGUGUGGGUCACCGUGACCUGUGCUUGUCCCUCCCAGCUGUUUGUGUUAAGGAAGGUGACAGUGGCUACCUGGUGAAAUACCCUGCAUCAAGUGGCACCUGCUGAAAUGAGAGUUCCACAACAGCAGAGAUUUAUUGUGGAGGAAGGAUGUUACAGCGCAGAAGUCUGAUAGGAGCCUUCCUGUUCCUUCACCAGUAAGGUUUACAGCAAUAAAGUGUUUCUUAAUAAAAUCAAUGUACAGAAACAUCGUAACUCUCUCCUCUGGGCUCAGGUGCGUUACCACAUCAUCUCAGCUUGAUGCCAAUUGAUUCAAGAGCAUCAAGCUAAAUGCCACUUGAAUUUCCACAGAUGACCAUAAAUAUGCUCUUGGCCCACGGCAAAUGUAAGGUAAUAGGAGUGAGUUUAAUCCUUUCUAAAAUAUUUGCUUUAUCUCAUCGCUGUGUGCACACAGCUGUUGUGACUCAUGUGAAAUUUGACUUGACCAUGCAUUUAACUCAUCCUCAUAAAAUGUCUUUCAUGGUAAAUAGGUUGUCCUAAAAGAGCAAUUAGCUUGAGGUAGGGAGUGCAAGUGUAGCAUUUCUUCAAAGGUGUCCCCUCACAUGGUGAGAGCCAGCCCUGCAUUCUUUCUCCUUUGCAGGGCAGUGCUUCCAAAGUCUAAAUGUGUUUCUGUUCCGCCCAACGAGCAUUUUUUUUCUUUUUUGGAUUUCUUUAACAGCCUUUCUAUUUACUCUUGUGCCAAACAACACUUUUCUUUCUUUUUUUCUUUUUUUCUUUUUUUUUUUUUUUUUUUUUUUUUUUAGUUUCUUUUUCUUCCAAAAAACCAUUGGGGAAUCCAGAAUUGGACCAUGCAAGAGAAAUCAAAAUCCUUUUAGGAUAAAGAUAUUUUAAUGCAAUAUGAAGAUCAAUACUAUUCUGUCCUUACAAGUAUAGUGAAUUGGCAAUUGUUCUUAAUAUGAAUAGCCUAUUUCAGCUUGCUACAUUACAUAAUUAGGUAAUCUACAUUUUUGUACAUCCUUCCCACAGGCAGAAAUGUAUUAAAGGCAUUUCUUCAUAUGCUGGCAACUUUGUUUUAUAAUAUGUCAAAAUAUAUGUCUUGGGUAUUUGUUUGUUUGGUUUUGGUUUGGUUUGGUUUUCUUUAGCAGGGCACUGUUUUUUUCUGGAUUGCAGUUGAUUGUGAGUUAGAAGGUUGGCUGUACUAGACAGUAAUUGUAAAGGCUGUCAUGUUGUGCAGAAAUAAGGGAACUUCCAGUCUUCCAAAGGAUAAUCUGAUGAGCCCAUUGAAUAUGACAACUGGAAAACUUUGCUUCUUUAAUUUGAAAAUGGAAAUCUUUGUGUAUUUCAAUGACAAAAUAUUUUGCCCACGCACUGUUGUAAGUUUCUAGAAUUUGCUCACAAUGGGAUCACGAAUUCCAACAAGCAAGGCUUUCUGCUUGUCUUCUUCCUUUUUCUUUCUUUACUUUUUCCUCUCCUCUAUUUUGUUUUGAAGUACCCCUAAAAUUAGGGGAGACGUGACUGAAAAUAGGAUUCAAAGCAUUUGUGAAAUCAGAACAGAAAUAGAAGAUGGCAGGGAUCAUCACUGCCUUGGAUACUUCCUCGGGCCUGGAGAACAUCAUGCUAAAGCUGCCCUGUUUUAGGCAGGAUUUGUUUUAUAUAGGUUAGUUGCUGCAAUGGCUUACACAAGACUUCCAGAAGCAGUCAGGCACAGUGUAGGUGAGCUUUUAAUGCUGCCCUUCCCUUUUUAUAGCUCUGUCUUGCGAGACAGAGUAUUGUGAUUUCCAUUUAAUCACCUCUGAAAUAAUUGUCCAAUUGCACAAUAAUACAUUGCCAAUCUUUCAUAAGUUUCACGUUUCAAAAUAGACAAGGGAGUGGUGUUGAGCACAUCUGCAGCCGAGGACAUGAGAGGAGAGAAAAUGGAGAUGCUUGUAGUGGUCAGUAGCAACUGCAGUGUUAGAGGUCCUCUUCUUCAGCUGACACAGUGUGAGGUCUAAAUGUCCCUCCUAAUUAGAGAAAAAGAUUUGCCCCAAGGUCAAAGCUUUGAUGAGAUUAAAUGUAUUAAUCACAAGUUUCUGUUCUGGUUUUUUUUUCAGAAGAAUGGAGUAUCAAACGGAACUCUCUACAAAAAAACAUUUAUUGAGCACUUUGAGCAAGCACCAAUGUAUGUUGCAGUUUUUACUUUCGUGGGGUUUGCAGUGGGAACAAUAUUUGGCUACCUGCGAGAUUUUAUGAGAGCCUGGGGACUAGAAAAACGUAACAUUGCUGCGGAGAGAGAACAACAAAAAGAUUUUGUGCCACUUUAUCAAGAUUUUGAGAACUUUUACACCCGAAACCUCUAUUUGAGAAUACGGGAUAACUGGAAUCGUCCCAUUUGCAGCGUCCCUGGGCCGCAGUUUGACCUCAUGGAGCGUGUUACAGACGAUUACAACUGGACAUUCAGGUUUACAGGAAGGACUAUCAAGAAUGUAAUCAAUAUGGGUUCUUAUAACUACCUCGGCUUUGCAGAAACAGAUGUUAAUGCCUUGAAAACUGUGACCAUAGAGUUAGAAAAAUACGGGACAGGAGUCUGCAGUACCAGGCAAGAAAUGGGCACCCUGGACAAACACAUAGAGCUAGAGAAACUUGUGGCCACGUUCCUUGGCGUGGAAGAUGCUAUGGUGUUCGGCAUGGGCUUCGCAACUAACUCCAUGAAUAUUCCAGCCCUUGUUGGAAAGGGCUGCCUCAUUCUAAGUGAUGAGUUGAACCACACUUCUCUCGUUCUUGGUGCCAGGCUCUCGGGGGCCACUAUUAGAAUCUUCAAGCAUAAUAAUAUGCAGAGCCUCGAGAAGUUGCUGAGAGAUGCAAUAAUAUAUGGACAGCCUCGCACCCACAGAGCAUGGAGAAAAAUCAUCAUCCUCGUGGAGGGCAUUUACAGCAUGGAGGGGUCCAUCGUGCGCCUGCCAGAGAUAGUCUCCUUGAAGAACAAAUACAAAGCCUACCUCUACUUGGACGAGGCUCACAGCAUCGGCGCGGUGGGAGCGACGGGCCGAGGAGUCGUGGAAUACUUCGGGAUGAGCCCCGGUGACGUUGACGUGCUGAUGGGAACGUUCACAAAGAGCUUCGGCGCAGCCGGGGGAUACAUAGCUGGCAAAAAGGACCUUGUGGACUUUUUACGAACUCAUUCUCACAGUGCUGUGUACGCCACAUCUAUGUGUCCCCCCGUAGCAGAGCAAAUCAUCAGGGCAAUGAAAUGUCUCAUGGGACUGGACGGGACAACACAAGGGCUCCAAAGAGUGCGUCAGCUGGAGAAAAACACAAGGUAUUUCAGACGAAGACUGCAUGAAAUGGGCUUCAUCAUUUAUGGCAAUGAUGAUUCUCCUGUCGUUCCCUUGCUCCUUUAUAUGCCUGGCAAGAUAGGGGCUUUUGCAAGGCGCAUGUUAGAAAAAAACAUCGGGGUGGUCGUGGUUGGGUUUCCAGCUACUCCCAUCACAGAAUCCAGGGCUCGGUUUUGUGUGUCAGCUGCACAUACACGGGAGAUGUUAGACACGGUUUUGAAUGCUCUGGAUGAAUUGGGUGAUUUUCUACAUCUGAAAUAUUCCCGGUAUUCCAAGUCAUCUCAUCCUGAACUGUAUGAAGAAUCUAGGCUUGAACUUGAAGAUUAAGUUUUCCACCCAUGAAGAGAACAUUAUGAUGCUAUGAAAGGGCGGAAAACCUGAAAACCCAACAGUACAAAUGCAUUUCUUCCCUUCUAAGGACAAUUUUUAUUUCUCAGUUAAUUGAAAGGAGGGGAAGCUCGGGUGUUGCAUCAUGUUGUAUCAGAUUUCUGUGUUCAAGAGACUGAAAUAUUGAUACAGAUUUGCCUCCCCAGGAGAUCUGUCCUUCUUAAGGUAUUUUUGAUGCAGAACGAAUGCAUCCACUGAUCCAGUUGCUAAGGUACAGCUUUUGAUAUGGCCCUUUUUUAUGAAGAGGCUUCAGAUAGUCUUGAUUGUGACUGCAAUAAUAAAGUUUUAAAAGUUAAUAGGUUCUAGUGUAAUGAGCUGAGCUUCAUCAGUGAGACUGACUUUGAUCUGUUAAAGAGCAUAAAUCGAGACACCGGUGUGGACUGCCACAAAGGAAUGAGCAGAAAGUGACCUCUUUAACUAAGUUACACUAUCAUGCAUUUCUCCAAGGACAGAAAGUGUUAGAAAAAGGCUAAUGCUGAGAACAAGAAAUGUAGUCUGAUGAGAUCAGGUAUUUCUGACAGCAGGUUAUGGGAAAGGAAAAAUUCCUCCUCUCCACAGACCUUUUCUCAGUCACCGAAAUGCACUCUGAAUUUUGAAUUGUACAAAAAUUUGGGCUUAGACAUAAGCAGAAAUGUUUUUCUGCCAACUCAUUUGACCUACAGCCUAUCCCAUCUUACUUCAGCAGGCUUGCUCCCUUUUUGUGGGGCAGUAGUAAAUAAUUUUAAUAAACAUUUAACUUUCCCGUAAAAACCUUGAUCAAAACAGUCAGAUACUUGCAGUUCACAAACUGCAGAUGACAUUUAUAGGCCUGUUCCUAAGUUUCUUGAACUACUUAUGGGCCUCAUAAAUUCACUAACAAGUAUACAAUGCUGAAGCUGUUACUUAUGCAGAAUGUGAAGUUCAAGAUACCAUAAGCAGUUCUGCCACCUGUUAAAUAGUAAACGCCACCAUUUCUAUACAUGCUACAGUCAUCCAUGAAAUAACAUUUCUUGAAAUAUUUUUGUCUGGUUUAUGCAUGUCAGGUGUUGUUCUGUCCAGGGUUUUUGUUUGAAUCGUUUGUUUUUCAAAUAAUUAUUUGAAAUUACUAAAGUAUCUGAAAGUAUAUGAAAGUAUUAAAGUACCUCCUGAAGAGGAAGAUGCCCUUGUCCCCUUGUCCACUGCCCAAGUGACAAAUAUUCAAAGCUACCUGAAGGAAUUUUUCCAGCCAGCAGUUUCCCUGCAAUGCCAGCAGCCACAAGCAUCAGGAUUGUGUGGGCUGAGUUGCUGGAAGGAGAUUGGAGCCUUUUUUCCUUUUUUUUUUUCUCCCAGUGUUGAAAAGCAGUUCUGCAGCUUUAAGAAUGAACUCCAAACAAUUCCACGCUAUCAAAUGUCAUUGUAAACACAUCAGAGGAGAGAUGUUUAGCUUUCUGUUGCACAGAUGUACCACACUUUCAUGUUCUCUUGAAAGCUGUGGUGUAAACUUAACCCACAGCUGCAAUAUUAGAUUUAAGAACAGAACAAUUAAAUUGUGGAGUACCAAUUACACUAUAUUACUCCCUGCUUGUUAAAGCAGCUUUCAGGAUAUAACAAGGCUGACUGAUUAUGAGGGCCUAUUUUUUGUUGGAUUUUUGUUGUCGUUGUUGUUGUGCAAGUUAAUAAAAAUCCAGUGGUGCUAUAACUUUAAGAAUUGAUUACAGCACAUUCCGUAAUAUCAAAUGUCGGCUUUAGGAAAUGUUCAUCAAGGGCUGGGGGAGGACUAAGUGGUGUGUCAUGUGAUUUGUCACUCUGGUAGACGCACUUGAGGAGCACUGCAGAGGUUCAGGGGGUCUGUGCUUGUGGAUAAGAGCAAACUCACUGUGUAAAUAUUUAAAUACUUGAGCACAGGACGAGGAGAAAUUAGUAAACGUGAACUUCAUCUUGGAGAAAGCUGGCAGUUUGUGGUGCACAGCUUUGUUACGUGCAGGGCGAGUGCACUUACUGUGAAAGGAUGUGGGCUGAGAAGCUUCUGCAACCUGUUCCUUGAGGAGAAGUACUGGAUUUGAUAUAUUGCUUUUUGAUCUCUAUUGCUGAACAUCUGCGGCCAGAUCCUCGGUUGACUUCUGACCUUCCAUCUCGGGGUAUACAGCCCUAGUUUAUA